AUGUAUGGAUUGAUGGAUAAAGUAGUAUCAGAACAACAAGUUGCUUUUAUCAAGGGGAGAUACAUUCAAGAACAAAUAAUAUUAACUUCUGAAAUGAUUAAUGAAUUGGAUGUCAAAAGGAGAGGGGAUAAUGUUGGCUUAAAACUUGAUAUUACACAAGCUUAUGACUCCCUCAGUUGGGAAUUUCUUUUUGAAGCAAUGAGGAAGUUUGGUUUUUCUGAAAGUUGUGUUAAAUGGUUACAUCAAUUUUUUGUUUCAGCAAGAAUAUAUUUCCUUGUUGAUGGAGGUCAUGUUGGUUUUUUCCCAGUAAGUAGAGGGUUGAGACAAGGUGACCUAUUGUCACCAAUUCUUUUUUUCAUAGCUGAGGAUGUUUUAAGCAGAAGUUUAAGGAAAAUGAGAAAUCUGCAAAAGAUUAUGAAGUUACUGAGAGAUUAUCAAGAAUCUUCAGGUCAAGUUAUUAACCAAGUAAAGAGUAAAGUUUUUGUUGGUGGUGUUACUGAUUUGAGAAGACAACAAAUAGAUGCAGAGUUUCAAAUGCCACUGUCUAAUUUCCCAAACAAGUAUCUUGGAGUAAUGUUACAUCCAGGGAGAGUAAAAACAAGUACAGUUUGGGGAUUUGUGGAGAUGCUACAAAACAGAUUAGCUAGCUGGAUUGGGAAACUACUAGCUUUUAAGGAUAGAAUUACACUUAUAAAAUCUAUAUUAUGUAGUAUCCCAAUUUACAACAUGUCAGUUUAUAAGUGGGUGAGUGUGAUGAAGACUUGUGAAAGAAUAAUCAGAAACUUUCUUUGGACAUGGAAUCCUUAUGAUAGAAAAUGUGUUAUAUUGAAAUGGGAUAAAACUUGUUCUCCUAUGGAGGAAGGUGGGUUGGGUAUAAGGAGAAUGGAAAUGGUGAAUAAAUCUCUUUCAAGGAAACUGUUUGGGAAAAUGCAAAGUUCUGAGGCAGAAUGGGAUAAGUAUAUGAGAGCAAAAUUUACAAAUAUUAAUGGUGAAUGGAUAACUGGUUACAAAAAAUCUUCAGUGUGGCCUGGAUUGAAUUGGGUAAUGGGAGAAGUACACCAACAUACAAGAUGGAUUCCAGGGACAGGUGAGAGGAUAUAUGUUUGGAGAGAUAACUGGGUGAAAGAUAAAUCUUUAUAUGAACUAUUUCCAGAUGAUGACUACAUUUUACAAAAUAAGGAUAUGAAGGUUUCAAAUUUAAUUGUUGAAGGAGAGUGGCUUAUUCCUCAAAGAAUGUUACAUUACUUCAGGGUAGAAGAGUUACCAGUUAUUUCAAGAAGUGAAGAUAAAAUGAUUUGGUCUGGUACAAUGUCAGGCACAUUCACAGUCAGCUCUGCUGCUGAACUAAUAAGGAAUCACUAUAAUAAAUUUGUAUGUGAUGAAAUUUUCAAAGCACAAAGUAGUGUUGUGAAAGAAGUAUGGAUAUUGUUUGCAUCUAUCACAAUGAUGGAAAUUUGGUUCUUAAGGAAUAGAAUUGUUCUUGAUGAAGAGAAAGUGGAUAGUGUCGGUUUAAAACAGAGAAUAAAACAGUUAACAAAAGACUAUUCAAUAAGAAUGACAAGGUACAUGUGGGACUGUAACUAUGAUUAUCAGGUACUCAGGAAUUUUGAUUUGGGAAGAAGACCUACAAAAAUUCAAAGAAUUAUAGAGGUGAAAUUUAAACUUCCUGAGGAAAACCAAGUGUUGAUAUGCUAUGAUGGUGCUUCCAGAAGAAAUCCUGGUUUAGCAGGUUAUGGUUUUGUUUACAGAAGUAGUAGUGGUGAAUUUAUAUAUGCUGAAUCAACAGGUAUAGGAAUUGCUAGUAACUUCUUAGCUGAGAUCAUGGAAGUUAUAGGUUCUGCAGAAUGGGCUGUGCAGAAUGGAAAACUGAACAUCAUUAUUUGCUCAAACUCAUAUGUUGUUGUUCAAGCUUACAUGACAGGCAAGUUACCAUGGUUUUUUCAGGUGAGAUGGGAAAGAAUAAGAAGCUCAUUAAAUAAUGUACAGGUGGAUCACAAUGUUAGAGAAAUAAAUUUUAUAGAUGAUUCAUUUGCUAAAAGAGGAGCAGGCCUGGAGAGGGUGUAUGCCAGAGGUAUCAACAUAAGCCCAAUUUUAUUACAAUAA